GCAAUUCCAGAAUCACGGGGUCAUCAUAUUCGUGAGUAUGACUUUACGUCUACAUUACCUCACCCAGAAGGUUUAAGACCUUUAUUUAUGGUGAAUGAGGAAUUAUAUGCUGAAAACCCACAUACAGCACAGCAUAUUUUUGGUACAAGUGAUGGAGCUGGUACAGCAAUUUUAACUUUCCUAGGUGGUUUCCACCCUCAAACUCAAUCAAUGUGGUUAACAGAUAUUGCUCACCACCAUUUAGUGAUGGCAGUUGUGUUUAUCUAUCCGGGAGAUAUGUACCGUACAAACUGGGGUAUUGGUCACAGCAUGAAAGAAAUUCUUGAUGCACAUGUACCUCCUAAAGGUCGUCUAGGGGCAGGUCACCGUGGUCUAUUAGAAACAAUUACGGAUAGUUUACACAUGCAAUUAGGAUUAGCUUUAGCUUCAUUCGGUGUACACAAGCAGCCACACAAGUCAGCUUUGGGAGCUCUCGGCGACGCCCAAUGCGUGCGCCGGUAG